AUGAUCGUCUCUUAUCUUCUGCUUCGUCGCUCUAUUUCUCGUGCGAAUCACCUUCACUUGCGUGCCCUAACUUCCUCACAGGAAUCUGAUGAAGAACAACCACCGGAGAUAUCAAUGAGGUUGUUGCCGGAUCACUAUGAGUACAAAGUGAACUUCAAAAUAGGGACCCCACCAGCCAUAGUUACAGCAAUCAUAGACACAGGAACUGACUUCCUUUGGACAAGAGAAGGAUACUUUUUCUUGCCUGGGUCGUCUUCUACCUACACAAAUUUGUCUUGUGAUUCUGGAAAUUGUAUUCUUUUUGGUUCUCACAGAACUACAUGCAUUGGUACUGACCUCUGCACCUAUGAUGUGAGGUUCAGAGACGGUACAACAACAUCAGGGGUUCUUUCAUAUGACAAAUUCUUAUUUGACUCUCCAGAUGGUUCAAGUUUAGUAGACGUGGGUUAUAUGAUGUUUGGUUGCUCUGACAGAGCUUCCAAAGAGUUCAACCAUGAAGAUAGCACUAUAGGCCUCAAUCGAGAGCGAUUUUCUCUCAUCUCUAAAUUGCAAAUAAAAAGGUUCUCACACUGCCUGGUGAUCCGAGAUGAUAGACAUGUUGCACAAAAUAGAAUAUACUUUGGAUCUAAAGCCACUAUCUCCCAAACUGGCCUAACGCCAUUAGUUAAAGACAUGGAGUCUGCAUAUUAUGUCACUCUUGAUGGAAUCAGUAUAGGCCAAACCAAAGUUCCAAUCCCAGAUGGCGUCUUUCACCUCAAACCAAAGGGUGAUGGAGGAGUCAUACUGGAUUCUGGGAUCACUUUAUCAGUGCUAGUAUCAGAAGGAUUUGACCCAUUUCUGAACACAAUGAGUCAAAUUGUGCAGAAACCCAUAAGCAAAAGUGGGGAUUUUGAGAUGUGUGUUGGGGACUUGGAUUCUAUACCAGAUGUGAUAUUUCACUUCUCUAAUGGCGUUGAUACGAGAUUGACAGAGGAAAAUAUUUUUGUAGAAGUUGAUAAUAAGCUUUGGUGUCUUGCAAUCUUGAGGUCUAAAGUUUCCAUGUCUGUCAUCGGGAAUUAUCAAAUAAGGAACUUUUGGGUCGGCUAUGACCUUGAAAAUCUUGGGAUAUCUUUUAUACCAACAAAUUGUCCCACUAAAUUGUAG